UCGAAGCGGAAGCGAAAAGCGGUUAAAAAUUCCAAUUGCCAAUUUUGCACUACCACCACAGCACCCAAAGCGACGCUUCGACCUUUCGACUCGCCGCCGCUUCGACUCGCCGCCGCUUCGACUCCCUCCGCCUCCCACUCAUUCAUUUUCCUCUCUUCUUCUGCUUCUUCUCUUCUCCGCCAAUUCCGUUGCUCCUCCGCGGUUUCUCUUAUUUCCGCCGUCAGAGAUCUGCUUGGUGCUGACAUUGCCGAUUGAACAGAGGUGUUAGAAAAAUUAUGGAGAAGACAAUUUGAGUUGACAAUGCUUGAAUUCAAGGAGAAGAUUUCCCAGUGAUUAUCUACUGAUCAAUAUGGAAACUGCAGUUUGUAAUGAAAAACCAAAUUCACAGUCAGAAAAGGAGUACUCAGAGAAGCUCAAUGAGUCCAUGAACAAUGCUUUGUUGGAGGAGCCUUCAGUAAAUAUUAGUGCAAAUUUGCCUCUAACUGAAACCCUGCCUGCUGUAUUGCCGAAGAGACAGCGGAAGAGAGCUAGGAGCAGUGGUGCUAAAGUUAUUAAUAAUUUCGAUCCAGUGCAAAGCUUGGACAUUCUGGUAAACCCAGUGGAAUCCCAGAAUAAUGUGCAGAGAAGUCAUGCCCCAAAUCUUGAUGAUUCAGAUCUAUGCUGUUUGAAGGGUACACUUUCAGUUGGGAAUGUUACUCCUGAAAAAAAAAAUUGUGUGCAGUAUUUGGCUAGGGAUGAACAUCAUAAUGCUUCACUUGGGACUGAUACACUGAUGGAUGAGCCUUCAAUGAGUAUCAUUUCUGAUUUGGUACCAGCUGAGUUACCUCCUCAGGGAGGCUUGACUAAUAGGAAGAGAAAGAAGAAGGAUACAAUAGGUGUUGCCCUAGAAUCUAAAAAUUCAUGCCCGGAGUCUUCUGCUGUAAUUUGCACGGCAAUUUCAGAAAAGCAAGAACAGCAAGAAGAUUUGUUUCACGAGCGAAAAAAGAAGAGAAAGAAGCAGGAUAAAAGGCAUAAAAUCCGUGAGAGUGAUGAUAAAAAUUGUGAUAUUUCUGUUGGUACAUCUUUAGCUGAAACUAUUAUGCCAACGGUAGAUCAUUCUGUAGAGCCUUCUGUCGUAGACUUCCCUGAACAAGUGGAACAGGUGGCAAUGGCACAACCACCUAUGGAGGGAGUUGGCACAAAUGAAAACUCAAAAAUUGCUGAACCUAUUAAAGAUUUGAGCUCCUCAAGAAAAAAGAAGAAAAAGACUCAGAAGAAGUCUAAAACCCAAGAGAGUAAUGAUGAAGGUUGUGGGAAUGACAGAAGUUGUGAGCUGUCAGUUGGUAUUUCAAUAGUGGAAAAUAUUAUGCCAGGAAGAGAUCCACCUCAACAACCUCCAGUCUCAGAAUCCUCGGAACAAAAGCUAGAAUUGCCACAGCCACUUACGGAAAGAAUGAACACGAAAAUUAAUUCAGAAAGUUCUGAACCUAUUCAAGAUUUGAGUUCCUCAAGAAAAAAGAAGAAAAAGACUCAGAAGAAGUCUGAAACCCGGGAGAGUAAUGAUGAAAGUUGUGGUAAUGACAAAAGUUGUGAGCUUUCAGUUGGUAUUUCUUUAGUGGAAAAUAUUAUGCCAGGAAGAGAUCUGCCUCAACAACCUCCAGUCUCUGAAUCCUCAAAACAAAAGCUAGAAUUGCCACAGCCACUUAUGGAAGGAAUGAGCACGAAAAUUAAUUCAGAAAGUUCUGAACCUAUUGAAGAUUUGAGUUCCUCAAGAAAAAAGAAGAAAAGGACUCGGAAGAAGUCUGAAACCCGGGAGAGUAAUGACGAAAGUUGUGGUAAUGACAAAAGUUGUGAGCUUUCAGUUGGUGUUUCUUUAGUGGAAAAUAUUAUGCCAAGAGUACAUCCACCUCAACAACCUCCAGUCUCAGAAUCCUCGAAACAAAAGCUAGAAUUGCCACAGCCCCUUAUGGAAGGAAUUAGCGCAAAGAUUAAUUCAGAAAGUUCUGAACCUAUUGAAGAUUUGAGUUCCUCAAGAAAAAAGAAGAAAAAGAAUCAGAAGAAGAAUUCUGAAACCAGGGAGGGUAAUGACAAAGGUUGUGAGCUUUCUGUUGGUAUUUCCUUAGUGGAAAGUAUUAUGCCAGGAGUAGAUCCAUCUCAACAGCCUCCAGUCUCAGAAUCCUCAGAGCAAAAGCUAGAAUUGCUACAACCCAUUAUGGAAGGAAUUAAUGCAAAAAUCAAUUCGGAAAGUUCUGACCCUGUUGAAGAUUUGAGUUCCUCAAGAAAAAAGAAGAAAAAGACACAGAAGAAAAAGUCAGAAACCCGGGAGAGUAAUGAUGAAAGUUGUGAGAAUGACAAAAGAGGUGAGUUUUCAGUUGGUAGCUCCUUAGUGGAAAAUAUUGUGCCAGGAGUAGAUCUGUCUCAAAAGCCUCCAGUCUCAGAAUCCUCAGAACAAAAGCUAGAAUUGCCACAAUCACUUAUCGAUGGGAUUAGCACGAAAAUUAAUUCAGAAAGUUCUGAACCUAUUGAAGAUUUGAGUUCCUCAAGAAAAAAGAAGAAAAAGUUUAAAACCCGGGAGAGUAAUGACAAAAGUUGUGAGCUUUCAGUUGGUAUUCCUUUUGAGGAAAAUUUUAUGCCAGGAAUAGAUCCCUCUCAGCAGCCUCCAGACUCGGAAUUCUCAGAGGAAAAACUAGAUUUGCCACAACCACUUGUGGAGGGAAAUAGCGCGGCAGCAAGUUCAGAAGGUCCCAAGUCGCUUACUGUGGACUUGAGUUGCUCACAAGAACAGAAGAAGAAGAAGCGAAAGAGAAGGCAUAAGACCAAUGAGUGUAUUGAUGAAAGAUAUGAUCUUUCUGUUGGUACUGCUUUAGGAGGAAAUACUUUUCCAGGAGUAGAUCUUACUGUACAGCCUCCAGUUGCAAUGUUCUCAAAACAAGAUCUAGAAGUGGAAAAACCUCUUGUUGAGGGAAUUAGACAAAGAAUCAAUUCUGAGAAUAUCGAACUCAUUGAAGUUUUGAGUUGCUCACAAGGGAGAAAGGAUCGGAAGAAAAGGCUUAAAAUGCGUAAGAGUAAUGAUACAAGUUCUGAUCCUUCUGUUGGUACUUUAGUGGAGAAGAUUAUUCCAGGAGUGGAUCCAUCUCCACAGCCUCCGGUAGCAGUAGUAUCAGACCUAGACGUGGUACAAUUACUUUUGGAGGAAAGUACUUUAAAGGAGAAAAAUGAGGACAAGGAUCAGAACAAGAGAUCUAAUGCCUUAGGGAAUAACAACACCAACCACCAAGUUUGCGCUGGCUUUCCUGGCCAAGUUGAUUUGGGUGCUGUGGCGAAGGAAGGCAGUCGUUCCCAGAUACCAAAUUGGGCUGUUGAAAGACCUCUUGUUAGCGUUUCUAAGAAAAAGCUUCUCAUUCUUGAUGUAAACGGGCUUCUUGCAGAUAUUGUUCAACUGGUUCCCCAGCAGAUUAAACUGUAUAAACCAGACACAAUGAUAUCGAGGAAAUCAGUUUUUAAGAGGCCAUUUUAUGAUUCUUUUCUACUGUUCUGCUUUGACUAUUUUAACGUGGCUAUUUGGUCUUCAAGAAACAAGAAGAACGUGGAUGAGGUGGUGGAUUAUCUUUUGGGAAUUUCCAAAAAGAAAUUGUUUUUUUGCUGGAAUCAAUCCCACUGUACUAAAACGAAGUUCAAAACUCUUGACAACGAGAAAAAACCCCUUGUUUUGAAAGAACUUAGAAAGUUAUGGGAGAAGCAUGAUCCUGAUCUUCCAUUGGCGAGGGGAGAGUACAACGAGACAAACACAUUAUUAGUGGAUGAUUCUCCAUACAAAGCUUUAUGCAAUCCAGAGAACACAGCAAUAUUUCCCUUCCCAUAUCAUUUCAAGAAUCGAAUGGAUAGAUCGCUAGGGGUUGGAGGCAAUAUUCGUCGUUAUCUGGAAGGAUUAGUUUACGCUCCAAAUGUUCAAGAAUAUGUGAAGCACCAUCGAUUUGGUCAAGGCCCCAUAACAGCAAAUGCUAAAUCAUGGGAAUUUUAUAGUCAAGUUUUAGAGGAUCAAGCGCGGUCACCCAAAAAUUGAUACCAUUACUUGUAUUGGCCGGCAGAGUUGCAGUUGGCUAAAGUUACUCAGGAAACGGGUUCCUGAGUUGAUUCUAAACACCUCUAUGGCAACGAAUAAUUGUGUAAGUUGCAUUGGCAACCCACAUAAACCUUGUGCUUCCGGUCAAGAUGAAAUUGUUCGGCAGCUUCUUCUUCAGAAGCCUUUCUUGUGCGCUUGGAUCCUUCGAUGUUUUUCACUUCCUAGCGGUCCAGCUCUCAGUUAACAUGUAAGAGUACAUUCGUUGUUUUGUUUCGGUUUUUUGUUUACCAAGCAUACAGAGCUAGAAGGAUAGAGCGUUUUUUUUACUUAGGUAAGAAAUGCAAUAUCUUCAAAGAGUUUGCUACUGAAUUUUGUUGGCUUAAUUAUAUUCGGUUUUUUAUAUAAGCGACAUUCUUAUUA